AUGCUCUCUACCGUCAUUGCCUGGGGCUACUACAAUGAGUGCCUGCCCCUCGACGUGCUAUCUCGCACCGAUCACUACGCACUGCAGGCACUUAAAAAGCUGCGUCGCCCUUUCGUCGAGGCAGAUCUUCAUUUCAAGCCUACGCCAAAGCAGAAAGAAAGAACUCAGAUUAUCGUUGGGUUCGCCACAGUCUUAAGCGACCAGCAACUGAUCACCGGUGUUGCGAUCCUUAUCGCGGGACUCGCUGGUCGGUGUCGCAUCACCUUCUAUGAGUUCAACAUCGUCACUUAUCUAGCGUACUUUGCCACCUUUACGCAUGCGCUCUCUCUGGGAGUACUUCAAAGUCAUCUCUAUGAGCGUAAGCUCGUUCGAGAUUGCCGAGUUGUGUUUACCGUUGGGUUCCUGGCAAUCUUCGCCUUCUCCUUCAUCGUCAAUACCGUUUCAACUAAUUUUGACGAAGUCAUAUCGAAGAGCACCUUGAACGUAGGCAAUGUACUUCAGUGCGUCUUCGAAGCGUCGCGUUUUGGCAAGUCAAUCCAAUUCGAUUUGGUCGAAUCAAUUCUCAUUCUGGGACUUGUACUUGCCAACCACACCUUGGCUGUCACAAAGCUAUUCUUGGAACCGGAAACGGAUCCGCUGCGCGUGUUGAUCCAAUCUUGUUACAAAUCUUAUCUGCGUCUCAAAGGCUCCUCGAAAGAAGACGCCAGUGCGACUGUCAACAAGGCUGAUACUAAAUACUACGCCUGGCUACAGCCACCAAUCGCAGCUACGGACGAGACAGCAAUAUCCAUAUGGUUCUUCUUCGACAGGUACUACAACUCAUACAUAUCGGCCCUCCCAGAAAUCUUCCUGGGAAUGACAUAUGGAACCGGCAGUGUUGUCCUCGCUGUGUGGUACGGAGGGUUAAAACCAGCGAACAGUCUGCACAUCCUAGGAUUUGGGCAGGUUGUAGCCAUAGUGCUACUAGCGUUAACGUUCCUAGCCGCAGUUGAAGUCAUAAAUGGAAACCCCUUCGUCUUUCAACGCGAGUGUAACGACGACUAG